CAAACAGACCUAUUAAUUUGUUCAAUGUUUAUGGGCAUAGAUUUUAUGGGCUUACUGGGCUGAAAUUGGAAAAUAAAUUUUCAAUAAUCAUUCCAUAUAUUCCAUAUUCCAUCAGCAGAUCUGAAUUCAACAAAGUUCACCUAUUCCUAUUAUAUUUUGAAGACCCAGUUGACGUGUUGUUUGUUUGUUUACACAGCUUUCAUUUUGGCAAAAUAGUUUUGUUAUUUGGUCAUCAGGUGGUUUAUUGAAAUCAAAGUAGAAAAUUUGAAGUUGAGGUAGGUAUUACCUGAAUAGAGAAAGACUGAGACAUAUUCUAUUAUCAAAAAUGUCAGGAGAUGCUACACCACCAAGGGCUUAUCUAAUUCCUAGUCCACUAGUCACAAAGCGAAAUAGGACACCAUCAGUGUGUGAACGAAUAGUGAAAUCAAAAACAUUGUAUGGAAUUAUCAAAGAGUUUUGUAGAGAAAAGGGUCAUGGAUUUAUCACACCUGAUGAAGGACAAGAAGGAUGUGGCCCAGUGUUUCUUCAUGUAUCUGAUGUUGAAGAUGAAUAUGUUCCUCUUCCUGGAGAUCGGGUGAAGUAUCAGCUAUGUCCUGUACCCCCAAAGUUUGAAAAAUUCCAAGCUGUACAUGUACAAAUACUGGACAUGAAACCAGAAGUGCACAAGAAAUGGGAGAACUAUUAGUAAAUACUAUGUGGUGCCAUCAGAAUCAAUGCUUAUUCAAGAAUACUGAUGAUUAACUCAAAUAUGAGUUGUUAUAUUUAAUAAUAUGUAGAAAUUGUGCCCAGUCCAUGAUAAUGUUGAGAAAGUAUACUGUCUUUUUGGCAUGACUUCAUAAAAGGAGGUAGAGAUCUAACUGAACUGGAUUCUGGAUUCCCACCUAAAUCAUUGUAUUACAAUAAUUUUAUGUUGAUGAAUAAUGUGUUUACUCUUGUAAGACUUGAUGAUAGUGAAUUAUGGACUCACUGAUGAAAUUAACUAAUGUACCAUUCUUGGUAUUUGUCUCAUUUUUCAUAAUCCUGUUAUGUAUACAAUCUAGAGAAGCCAAGUUGGCAAGCUCUGAAAUGCUCAUUAGAUUGCUCCAACCAAAAUGUGCAAAAAAUGCUCUUGUAUGUGGAGGCAUGAGAAUAUUUUCAGCUAUAAUUUCCUCAUGAACAAUUUGUAGAGGUGUGCGAUGUACCUACUGGGUUUCAAUUAUAUUUUUCAAAUUUUUAUGGAAGUGAUUUAUUUUUACCAUAUCAGACGUCAAACAUU